GCCAAGUAUGCCGGGGUUCCAGACGGGCGCAAUUUUUUUUUAUCGCAGCUGGGCGACGUUCGAAAUGUUCGGAUUUCGGAGAAAAGGCGGAAACUCCGAAAGUCCCUUAUGAAUGUGCGUGUUUGAUACCUAUGAACGUGUUGGAAACGUAGUUUUUAGCAUGAAACAAGACGACGACGUCAGCUCCUCGGACCUAUGGAGUCUAGUGCAUGAACUCCGGAGCUCCCUCGGAGACCGAGACCUCGAUGCUGCAAGCAGCACUGGACUGGCUCGGAGCAUUCUGCACAUGCUCGGUGUGUCGCGGAUUCAAGACAUUCUUGCCAGAAGAGACCUGCAGGAGGUCCUUCUGGAAGCGCAGUUCUUCGUCGCAAAUCAAGCGGGCACAAGGAAAUCCAUCGAGGGUCCCAACGUCGCGUUUCGUGCCAAUAUACCGGAGACCUUCGACGCGGCGGCCCGUCCCGUCGAGGACGAAUGCGACGCCGUCGACCUCUAUGUCGGAUUCCCAAAGUCUGUCGCGGAGACCGCAAAUUACGGAGCGUUCCUUCAACACGAAUGGCAACUCAUAGCGAAGAUCUUUUCAGAGGCCGGAAGAGCCCCAAAGGUGCCUGUACUCUGCGAGAUUAAGAUAUUCGAUGACGUAAUGAAGACUGAGAACGUCAAAUUGCUGGAGCGCUCCGUAUGCUGGCAAUUGGCUAUACAUGGACGAAGCGACAGGAAAGAUCGUCACGGCGAUUUGGUUCCUCGGGACCGAAUUCGGUCGGUCGUGAAUGCGGUUAGCAUACCAGUAACUGCCAACGUAAGCGUUCAUUUGUUCGAAGACGCGGAGGAUCGCGUCCGGGAAACGAGCGCAUAUGGAGUGAUGUCUGUAGACGGUUCGCUGCAGAGUGCGACUCUGUCCCCGAAGAGUGUCGAUCACAACAACACGGACAUAUUCCGGGAAUACCAUCUACUUGCCCAUGAAUGCUCGACUGAUAUUCGGAUCGUUCGGAGUCAUGUGUUCAAAUUCUUGGAUCACAUUGUCGACGGCUGCGUUCGGUCACAAUUUAAGCUUGGAAGCUGCUCAACAUUGACCGGGAUUGUCGAUUUUCUCGACGGAGCUGAACAUUUCGAAUAUGGCUCGAAACCGACGCCUCAUAUCGCAACAAUUAUCGGAGGAGAUGAUCUGUCAGCGGGACAUCCAGUUCAAGAGCCGGCCUCAUCUGUUGGGGCUGCCGGUGUCCGCCCCGCUGGGGACUGGGACCAACUCCCGCAGUCCCUUGAUUCCUUCACAGACAGCGACAAUCAUCUCGAUCUGUCAUUGACAGAGGCCCGCAGGGACAGGCGGAAGUCUAGAAGAGAAGCACAUCACCAGCGGACGUUGGCUGCUCGAAAAGCAAAACGGAAGGAGAAAAAAAUCCGUCGUAGAGAGCGUUUGCGUGAAGAGCGGGUGCAGCAACAGCGGGACUGGAUCGGAGUCCCUCGAGAUGCACAUAUUCAGAAGAGGGAUGAGAUUGAGCUCACCAGGAAGAGGCUUGCGAGAGCUUUGGAGAGUGGCGUGGCGGUUUGCGUGGAUCUCGGCUUAUGCGAUCAUAUGAACCAGAAGGAAUUGGGGAAAUUAUCCUCCCAGAUUCGACGUCUGUACGGAAUCAACCGAAAGACGCGGAUUCCGUUGGACCUCAACCUCAUCAACUUCAAGGAAGACUCGCUCUUGUAUAGAGACUGCGUUGCAAGGAAUCAAGGCUUCGAGAAUUAUCAGCUGUCGAUGUAUCCGGGAGGAUUCGAAGCGGUGGUCGAACGACGUAGCAUCCGGAAAAUUAUUUAUCUCUCUCCCGACGCCGAACUCUGUCUGAGGGGCCCCCUGGAUCGGGACGCAAUCUAUGUUGUUGGAGGACUUGUCGACGAAACCGUGGAGAAGGUGAGUGAGCACUUGAUGGAUGUGCGCACGUCUCUUGUGCAGCGGCAAGGGUUUCGCCAAAAACUUCUUUCGAAUCUGGUGUGA